AUGGAGUGGGGCCAGGCACCCCCCUCCCCGUCUCCCCCGGGGGAGUCCCGCUCUCCCUCACCCCCCCUCUCCUCCCUCUUCCCAGGAGGGUCCCGCUCCCCUUUCCCUCCCUCCCCGGGAGGGUCCCGCUCCCCGUCUCCAUCCCCAGUCGGGUCCCGCUCCCCUUCGCCCCCGGGGGGAUCCCGCUCCCCCUCGCCCUCCUCCCCGGGCGGGUCACGGUCCCCGUCGCCCCCAGGGGGGUGGGAGCCGGAGCGGGCCGCGUUCGGGGAGCUGCGGCUGGAGGAGGUGAUCGGAGCCGGGGGCUUCGGCCGCGUGUUCCGGGGCACGUGGCGGGGGCAGGUGGUGGCGGUGAAGGCGGCGCGAGGGGACGCGGGGGCGGCGGGGGCCGCGAGCCUGCGGCGGGAGGCGCGGCUGUACGCGCGCCUGCGACACCCCAACGUGGUGGCCCUGCGGGCCGUGUGCCUCGAGCCUCCCCACCUGUGCCUGGUCAUGGAGUUCGCGGCGGGGGGGCCGCUGUCGCGGGCGCUGGCGGGGCGCAGGGUCCCCCCCGCCGUGCUGCUGGACUGGGCGCGCCAGGUGGCCCGGGGGAUGCGGUACUUGCACGCCGGGACCCCCGUGCCCCUCAUCCACCGGGACCUCAAGUCCAGCAAUGUGCUGCUGGCGCAGCCAGUUGUGGGGGACGACGUGAGUGGGAAAACACUGAAAAUAACCGACUUCGGCCUUGCCCGUGAGUGGCAGCGAACAACCAAGAUGAGUGCAGCAGGAACCUACGCCUGGAUGGCCCCCGAGGUCAUCCGGGCAUCCACCUUCUCCAAGGGCAGCGAUGUCUGGAGUUACGGGGUGCUGCUGUGGGAGCUGCUGACAGGGGAGGUGCCGUACCGGGGCAUCGAUGGCCUGGCCGUGGCCUAUGGGGUGGCUGUGAAUAAAUUGACCUUGCCCAUCCCCUCCACCUGCCCCCCACCCUUCGCCCAGCUCAUGGCAGCCUGCUGGGAGCAGGACCCCCACCGGCGACCGGGCUUCGGGGCAAUCCUGCGGCGCCUGGGGGGGCUGGAGCCGGCGGGGCUGGGGCCCCCCGAGUCCUUCCACUCCCUGCAGGAGUCCUGGCGCCGUGAGAUCCAGGGGCUCUUCGACGAGCUGCGGGCACGUGAGAAGGAGCUGCGGAGCCGGGAGGAGGCUGUGGCCAAGGCGUCCCGGGCCCAACGCUCCCAGGCCGAGGCGCUGCGGCAGCGCGAGGCUGCCGUGGCCCGGCGGGAGCUGGAGGUGCUGGAGCGGGAGCUGAGCCUGAUGCUCCGUGGGCCCCCCCGGCCCCCCCCGGCCCCCAAGCGACGCCGACCCCCCUUUCGGCGGCCGCGGCGGCCUGCGGACCUCAUUGGCAUGCCCCAGGACUUCAAGCAUCGCCUGACGGUCCAGGCUGCGCCGGGAGGGGACCCACGGAGCCAUGACCCUGAGGACGGGCCGGGGGGGUCCCCCCCUUUCCCCCGCCUGCGCGCCAUCCAGCUGGAGCCAGAGGAGGAGGAGGAGCUGCCGCGGGGGCGUGGGGGCAAGAGCAAUGCCCCCAACGGCAGGCGGCGGCUGCGCCCGGAUGAGACCACCUGGUACCUGGACACGGACGAGCUGAGCCCCGGGGAUGCAUCCCCCAAUGGUGAGGCUGGGCCCCCCGAGGCUGAGGAGGGCCGGGGGUCUCGGGGGGGGACCCCGCGGCUGCUGCGGCGGGCACUGCUGAGGGGCUCGGCCCUGCUGGCGUCCCUGGGGCUGGGCCGUGACCUGGCCCCUCCCGAGCCCCCCCGCAGCCCCCCACCCUCCCCCAGCCUUCUACGCCUCUCGCCCCGCUGGCGGGAUCGGACCGUGGGGUCCCCAGAGCUGAGCUCACCUGGAACCCCCGAGCUGGGUCGUGCCUGGACCCCCGCGUCCCCAGAUCCCAGUGGAGCCCGGACCCCUGGGACCCCCAGGACCCCUGAGCCAGGGCAAGCCCAGAUUCCUGGGUCCCCAGAUCCCAGCGGAGUCCGGACCCCUGGGACCCCUGAGCAGGGGCGAGCCCGGACUCCCAAAACCCUGGAGCUGAACUGGUCCUGGACCCCUGAGCAAGGGGGAGCCAGGACCCCUGGGACCCCUGAGCUGCGUCACCCCGGGACCCCCGGGACCCCCGGGACCCCUGAGCCAGGUUGUGGCCGGAGCCCCGGAACCCCCGAGCUGGGCCGUGCCCGGACACCCAGGACCCUUGAGCUGGGGCUGCCGCCAUCCCCGCGGGGUGCCAGGAGACCCCGGGAGUUGAGCCCAGGUGCCAGGACCCCCGAGUGGGGCCCCGCCCGACCCCGCCCCUCACCCCUCCGCCCCCGCAUCGACCCCUGGAGCUUCGUGUCCGCAGGACAGCGCCGGGCUCCGCCCCCCGCCGGGCCCCGCCCCCACGAUCCCUUCACCGACCAAUGAGCGCCCGCGACGCGCCUGAACCCGCCCCCGCCGCCCUCCAGUGACCAAUGAGCGGCCGCGACGAGCAGGAGGGCGCUGCCGCAAGCCCCGACGCACCGCGAGGCGCCGUCCCCGCGGGGUCGUGAUGGACAGCUGGCAGUGGCGGAAGCCCCGCCCGCCCAGGGGCCUUAUUGGUCAAAGUAAAGGGCAUUACCAGAGCUCCGCCCCCUGAGGGGCGGGGCCACAACGGCAGGAAAAAAACACGCCCUCUUCGGGCAAACAGGAAGCCCCGCCCUUCGGCGGAGGCCCCGCCCUCGGGCGGUUCCGACACUGGACGGGGGUCCGGGGCGGGCGUGGGGGGGAACCGUGACCAAAUAAACUCCCGAGAC